AUGUUCAGCAACAAAAGACCCCAAACAUCAAACAGCUUCUCCUCUCGCUAUGGAACAAGCAAAUCCACAAAGCCCAAGUCCUCGUUCCGAGAGCAAUCUGUCACUCGGGGUCUCCAACGGUCCGAGUCGAUGAGGUCUCAUAGAAGAGAACACAGCACUCAUACAAGCCCACCCGUCGGCAGUACCCUCACCUCGGCCAUCAUCACCAUCUGCGUUGGCCCCGAACAGAGACUCUUUGCCGGCCACGAAGAAGUCCUCUCGCGCUCCCCCUUCUUCAGCGCUGCCUGCAAAGGCCAGUUUUUUGAAUCCAACGCCAGAAGAAUCAACUUACCCGACGAACAGCCCGAGAUUCUGUCUGCUGUGCUGGAAUACCUCUACAAAGGAGAUUACUAUCCAAAGCUGCUGCAUAACAAGAAAAAGGAUACCUGGGAGUUGGAAGAUGAAGCCAGUGGCUCCAACGUGACCAUAUAUCAUCAUGCCACCAAACAAGUCCUAAUGAGGGAUACGGUCAUAUACUGUUCAGCCGAACUGUAUGGCCUUGAAGAACUCAAACGCCUUGCCCUCCGCAAACAAGGCCUGCGACAGGGCAUGCAGAUCUCUACAAUCCUCGCGUCGGCACGCUACGCUUACAGCCAUACACCCGACUCUGACUCGAAGCUUCGAGCCCAAUACCUGACCUUGAUCAUCCGCAGCCGCAACAACUUCAAGAAGAGCGGCACCAUGAAGGUCGAGAUGGAGCAAGGCGGCACCUUGUUCUUUGAUCUCUUCGUCGCCAUGUGCAACCACAUGGACGAUCUCAAAACACUACGCUCGCCCUUUACGUCACCAUUCACUCGCUAA